ACCAACAGGCUGCCUUUAAAAGCCCAUAACAUCCGUCCAGCCGAAUCCAGGGAAGGCACGCUGAUCCCCAAAAGGGAGACAAGCAGCCCACGUGUAGCACAAUGGCGAAAAGUUCAGGAUUCUCUGUACAUCUUCACAAACUUGAUCUGUACCGUAGUGCAGCCCUAAAAUAAAAUAAAAGGGGAAAAAUCUGCUGGAAAUUGGCAUCGGAUCCGAGACUGAGACAUACAAGAGAAGAGAACACCGACUUGACCAACACACGAUCGAUUCGGAGCAUCCGCUGAUUGAGGUUGUGUUCCCUACGCACCUCCUCGCCGAUUCUGAUGCUUUCUUUGCUCUGAAAUCUAAAGAGCUCUCUAAGUUGUAGUCAUUGUUAGAGUGUGGAACUUAUUUGUUUUUACACACUAAAGGGCCUCAUGUCAAACGUAGAGGAUAACAAAGAACAACAACAAAUGGAUGUCAAUGCAUCUAAUGAGUCGAGUAACAUGCCGUCAUCCCAGAAGCAGGAGGAAGCUAUAAAGAAAAAAUAUGGAGGAAUGAUGCCCAAAAAGCCACCUCUCAUAUCUAAGGACCAUGAGCGCGCUUACUUUGAUUCCGCCGAUUGGGCACUUGGAAAGCAAGGUGGCGAGAAGCCUAAGGGACCACUUGAAGAACUUAGACCUAAACUACAGCCAACACAACAACAAACACGCUACCGGAAAUCUCCCUAUGCUCCUGAAGGAGAAGAAGGGCGAAGCGUUCCACCAGAGGAUUCUCCAUCCAACGAGUAAAAGCAGCAAAUCAGUCUUUUCAUGAUGUGCUGACAAUCAUUGUUCUGAUACCUGUGUAGGUAUGACCUUUCGUUGUUUUUCAACAAUAAAGGAAAGUUGAAUUUGUGUAUUCAUAUAUUAGCAAAAGACCAAUGAUUUGAACUUGCAGCUAUAUGCUGUAAAAGACUUACUGGGAUUAUGAUU